UAUUAAUUGUAGUGGCACAUUUCACUCAUACACAGGAGUAGAAAAAGUAAGUUUUAACCCUGACCGGCCCAAUAAAAUUUAUACAAUUUCGAGAUCAGAAUACAAACACUGUUUUGAAAAUAUAUUGUACUUUUUAUUGUUUUAACCAAUUCAUGGUUAUCAAUUACCAAUUUAAAAUUAAAAUAACUGAUUUACCUUCAUCUGGAAAUGCCAUUUCAGUUUGCAAUUAUUUUUAUUCGCGAGAAUAUUGAUUACAGUAUAACAUAACCUUCUAGUUUGAACCGUUGCACUGCUCCUGAUUGACUGAUAUAUCUUAUCUUACGUCAACUGAGUAUACGAGUUUAGACUUAUUUUGCCAAUAUAAAUAGCUAAAUGUAGUUCCCAUUAAUGUGUUUUUAUAAUAAAAAGCGAUCUUUUAAUGUAACGAGUUUUAAAAGAAGUGCGGUUAUAAUAUGUUUCUUGUGUGACUAAAUCGUUUUUAUAUUUAGAAAUAUUAGGUUUUCCAAAAUGAGUGAGGUAUAUAUGGAAAUGGGUUUAAGAUCGGAAAAUGAACCUUUGACCAACAGUCACACUAUUGAAAAUUUUAGUUUGGACCAUAAUACGAAAGAAAUUAUUUUGAAAAAUCUCCUAGAUGCUGUAUUAAAUAAUAAAGUUGAAGAAAUUAAGAACUGUUUACAACUUUAUCCGCAAACAGAUGAUGAUUUAAGAUAUUAUAGAUUUAAUCACGAAUUAAAAGACAACAGUAUACUGGUUAUAGCGUGUAUUGACGAAAAUGUUGCAGCCAGUACUCUAGGUACCUUAUUUACUGAAAUUAAAUCAAAAUACGGUAAUAUCAAGUACUCAGAUGAAAAAUGGUAUGGAUGGGAACCUAUACAUUACAUUGCAAGGACUGCAAAUGCAGAUAAGCUUGAAGCCCUAUUAAAUGUUCUUAAUGGUGACGUAAAUACAUUAACAUACUUUUUGGAAAAUGCUUUACAUGUUCUACUGCAGUAUGAAGAAUAUGCUGUUCCUUUUGGUGUUGUUUUAAACAAUAGUAGAGAAUCUAAGUGUGCUACUAUUAUUGGAACUGAAAAAGAUACAAUAGAAAAAUGUGCAAGAAUGCUUAUACAGGCAGGUAUUGAUGUUAACCAAACAAACUUUUGGAACGAAACUCCAAUAUGCCUAGCAGUAAGAUACAGAUAUUUGAAAUUGAUAAAUCUAUUGUUAACAGUAGAUUCCAUAGAUUUAGACAGCUUCAUAGAGUCGGGUAAAACCAUUCAAGAAUAUCUAAAAUGGAACCUUUACAUAACUCUUCCAAAAUCGUAUAUUCAAGAAGAUCCUUUGAGGAUUAGGUUCAAUUUCUUAAAAUCUGGUGACGAAGAAAGUUUUUUAAAUUAUGAUACCUCUACAUUAAGUGAUAAUAUUAACUCUUUCGACGGUGACACAUGUACAAUGCUUCAGUUUUGUCUGAGAAAAGGAUUUUUGGAAUACUUGCAAAAUGAUCAUUAUAAAAUCAAAAGACUGAACACUUAUGAUAUUAAAGAUAAUCCUAUGUUAACGGUUUUUAAGACAAAAGGACUUGCAAGGUGUGUGAUACAUUUACUAGACAACGGUGCAGAUACUUUUAUAAAACCCCCAAAAUUUAAAGAAACUCUUCUGGAAUUUUCUUCUUUAAGAGGUUAUUAUCCUUUUGUAGCCAUUCUUCUCCAACACAAAAAUAGCAAUAUAGAACCUCAAGAAAUUUUUGAUGUAUUAUCAAAAUUAUUCUCAACACAGUUCAAGUUGCAACAUCAUGAAUUUUACAGAAAUUGUGUAUUGUAUCUCCUGUUAAACAAAUUGGUUUUUCUAUUUCGACAGGAUACUAAAAUGUUGACUCCAAAGAGGUGUAACAUUUUAAAUAAAGUCUUGUAUAAACUAAAUUUAGAAAAUGAUGAUAAAAAACUAAAUGACUCAGAGAAUAUUCAACAAAUUUUGCAUUUGGGUGCUAGUCUUACGUAUAUGCCGGAGAGCAAAAAAGAAGGAAAUAGAAAAAUGGAGGAAGACAAGAACGAAAUGGUAGUUAAAAGAAUGGACUAUUCGUUGCUUAAAACACAUUUUGAUGAUUGUAUACACGGAACGACAUUUAACUAUAACAGUAUUAUACAAGACAAUGAUAAAGUUUAUAAUGAAAAUAAAACUCUGCAUUUUCUAGUAACUGAUACAAUUAAGCAACAGUUGUUAACGCAUCCUCUAUUAAUACAAUUAAUACGUGUAAAAUGGUCUAAAAUUUACCUGGUAUUCUACGUUGACUUACUUUUUUAUACAUUUUUGUUAAUGGGAAUAUAUUGGUAUACGGUUUGUCAAUAUUUUGGACAUUACACAAAGGGUCUAUAUAUUUGUUAUUGGUUUUUGCUUAUUUUCCAUGUAAUUAAAGAAUCCAUACAAUUCGCAUUUUUGUACAGAUGGAAGUAUUUUUUAGAUCCGCCAAACAUCUUAGAAAUAGCAACUAUAGCUUGUUGUUUAACAACUAUUUUUUCUACCAAAUAUUUAUAGCGCAGUAGGGAGUAUUUUGUUUUCAACUUUUAUAUUUUUUCUGUUACUAGGACAACUGCCAGUAUUUACCAAAUAUACUAUUAUUUUUAGUUCUAUUAAUUAUUUUUUCCAGUAUAUGGCAUUUUAUUCCAUACAAUUUGUAGCAUUUUCGAUUUGUUUCUAUUUGGUGUUUCCAUUCGAAAACUCAGAUGUAUCUCUAAUUAAUAACAAUAAUACUAAUAUUACUGGUCCAGAUUGGGGGGAUAUUUCGAAAAGUUUAUUUUAUACCUUAAUAUAUUUUACUGGGGAAUUUAGUGAGAGAGUUUUGGAGCCUACGGACUAUCCAGUAUUUGGAAGACUGAUAAUGACUGUAUUUAUUUUUUGUAUGACAAUAAUUUUAAACAAUUUGUUAGUUGGACUCAUAGUUGCCGAUAUGGAUGACAUACAACAAAGUUGUAGGUUAUACAAGGAGGUUAAACUUGCCAGUUUUAUAAAAAGUACGAACACCUUUGUAAAAAGACUGCAUGAUUACAAAUAUUUUAACUUUGUUAAAAAAAUAAUUAAAAUUUUAGAUGUGUUUGAAAAAGGUCACAGAAAAAUUAUUGAAAAUGUCAACAUUCACAAAUUCGAUGAUGAAAAUAAAAAAUAUUUAAGGAGUAUUACUAAAGUUCAAAUAUUUGAUAGACAUAUGCUUAAGGAAGUGUAUAAUGAGGUGUUAAAAAAAUAACAAAUUUUAAAAGAUUUUUUUACAUAACUUAAAAGUACCUGUAUUUAUUGGGAUCUAACUUGAGGGAGAGACCCAAUAUUCUAGGAGCAAACGACACAUGAGUGUCGAAAAUGUUUUUGUUAUUUAUUUAAAGCUGUAUUAAAUAUAAGAUAAAUGAUCCAAUUUUGUUUAAAACCAAAUUGUUUAAACUAUUUCUAAAAAAUACAAUAAUUAAACGGCGCAAUGUG